AGUGAAUAUAUAUAGAUGAAGUGAAAAGCAAUGAAAUCAGUCAAUCUUUCAUGAAACGCUUGAUAGGUUAGGAAAUAUUUGGAUCUUUGGUGGUGAUAGCAUUUGUUUAUAUCACCAAAUAACCAUUCUUUUAAAUGUAAUUAGCCACGUUGAAAGUGUGAUCUUGUUCAAAAUUUAGAAUCAUAUCAUAAGAAUAAUCCCGCUGUGGUGUGUUGAAUUUCUGUCUUCGUUUGGUUACUUUCCAAAAUUACUUGUUAAAAUGUUAUUAUCAAUCCUUCUAAUAAAUUUGCUGUUUGUGAUUGCUCGUGCUGGAGUUCCCUAUUUAACUGAACAACCGUCUUAUGUACCGCCGUGCCGGAUCAAGUCGCCAGACUUUGUAAAAUGUUCAACAAGGAGUGCCCAAAAGUUAUUUAGUGAAAUAUCAGCUAAAGGAGGACUUCCUGGAUUGGACAGUAUUCCACCAAUUGAUCCAUUAAGAGUCAAUAAAAUUAGAGUUACCCAAGGUGGUGAUAAUGCGUUAAAUAUAAAGUUGGAUCUAUCAAAAGUUCUAGCCAGCGGUUUUGGAAAAAUAAAAGUGAUAGAAAGCAGAGUGAGUUCUAAAGAUUAUAGUUGGGUCACUAAACUAUCUGUACCGAAAAUGACAAUAGUUGGGGACUAUGUACUUAAGGGAAGAAUACUUUUAAUCCCACUAAACGGAAAGGGAAAAAUGACCUUCCAGAUAGACAAUCCAAAAAUCGAAAUGCAUACCAAGACAAGAUUGUACGAAAAAGGAGGCUUUACUUUUUACAACGUUACAGAUGGUGAUUGUGAUUAUACCAUAAAAAAACUAUCAGUAAAUUUUGAGAACUUGUUUAAUGGCAACAAGGAACUAGAGGACAGUACUAAUGCUUUCUUCAAUCAGAAUUGGCAAAUUCUUAACGAUUCACUGAAGCCGGUUUUAGCACAAACUAUCGCUGAUAUAUUUUUGGGCUAUUUACAGUCGAUUUUCCAUGCAAUACCAGCCAAUUUCUUUGUCACAGAUAUUCCCACGCCCAAGGAACUUUACGGCGAAUAAAUUUCACUUGACAGGGCGGAAAGCUAACGUGAUAUAUUGACAUAUUUAUAUAUAGAUACGUAAGAACUAGUUUAUAGAGACUGUAUUCAAACUUUAAGCUAUAAAUAAAAAUAUUUAUCCAGCCACUAAUUCCGU